AUGAAAACAUUUGCUGAUGAAGAAUGGUUGUCAAGACUGGCUUAUCUAACCGACAUUUUUGACAAACUCAACAUACUGAACUUGAUCGUUAAUAAAUAUAACAAAAAAACUAAACAAGGGUCGUGGGAUGAGAAUGUCAUGAAAACAGCUAUCAAUUUGUGCAAAGCUGGCGAAUCCAUAAAAAGCACAGCUAAAAAGUAUGAUUUGGCCUAUGCAACUUUGUACAGGCACGUCAAAACCAGCACCACUGCUCUGAAAACGAGAUGUGAUCAAAAAGAAGUUAAUGCCGUUGAACAAUCAGAACAGCACUCUGAGAAAAUUCCCUUUGAAGCAACGGCAGCAUAUUAUUAUCAAACGUUUAUGGAACAGGAUAUUGGUAUGAUGGAAGACGCGAAACCGAUCAAUCCUCAGAAAGAAACUGAGGACAGUCAGCAAAUUCCGAAAAUUUCUUUACAAGAAGACGGUUUGGCAUCAUUAGCAAUCGGUAAUUCACAAAACGACCAAAUAAAUUCAGGGGAAGUUAAUCAAUUCCUUGGAGAACUGAAUGACUGUCAUUUUCAGUGUGAUCAAGAAGGUGUUAAUGCCAUUGAACAAUCAGAACAGAACUCUGAGAAAGUUCCCUUUGAAGCAACGGCAGCAUAUUUUUAUCAAACGUUUAUGGAACAUGAGCCUGAUAUGAUGGAGGACGCGAACGCGAAUGAAACUGAGGACGGUGAGCGAAUUUCGAAAUCUGCUGAUCAGCAAACAAAUCCCUUCGUGGGAUAUGAUGAUAUCAAUCAGGAGAGGACUCCGAACCACGUUGAAGAAAGAAACAAUGGGCAAGAAAUUGUCAUCGGUCAGGAUUGUUUCGAUGAGGAUCAUUUUCGUUUGGUGGAAAACAAAGUCGAAAUAAUACAACGUGAAGCCCAACAACAAAUAAGUCGUUUCUUGGAUAAUAAAGAAGAUGGGUCAAGUUCAGGAGUCGAGAUCCCCCGCAGUUUCGGAGACAUGAAUCGAAAAGGUGGAGUUAAUGCUGAAAACGACACUGAAAUCCCCAAAUUCAGAUGUUCAAUCUGCAAUAGGUGUUUCAGGCGAUCUUGUUAUCUCCAACAGCAUAUGAAUUCAAUUCAUGGGGAAGCAAGACAUUUCAAAUGCAGCAAAUGUGGAAAGAGGUUUUUGACCGCCGAGCUCCUGAAAACGCAUUUUGGACGCCAUGUUUCGAACAAAGAGUUUCAAUGUGAAUACUGUCCAAAAGGCUUUCAUUAUAAAGGCGAUUUAAAGCGGCAUCUGUACAUACACGGCGGAGUUAAGCCUUUUAUUUGUAACGAAUGUGGCAAACGCUUCACCAGGCGUGAUCACAUGCAGAAGCACUUCGGUACCCAUUCGAAAACAAAGUCAUCGAAUUGA